AUGGUGUUGCCAGAUAUUUGUAAGAACAUCAUCCUUAACGCUGUGUUACGGAAUAAAAGAAUAAAACUGGCAUUGGCGAUAUUACUGUGUGUGGGCGCUGUCACACGGGUGGGAGCGCAGGAUGGCUCCUAUAUGCUGGAUUCGCGAGGCGUGGAGGUGGAGCAGGGACUCCAGCCUUCCCCAGAACUCUUCCAGAACCACCAGGCCUUCUCCCAAGCCUUCAAAGAACGCUCAGAAGAGAUGGCCCUGCAAUACAGUCUUGGCCAAGUCGAAUACAACGAUCCAAACCCGGAGUACGCUUGGGCUUACGAGGUCGACGCCAAAUCCACCGGGGACAUGAAGUCUGCCCGAGAGGAACGUCGAGGUGAUGUGGUGGUGGGUCAGUACUCGGUCAUGGACCCCGACGGGUCUCUGCGUGUGGUCGACUAUUCGGUGGCUCCCGGCACAGGCUUCCAGGCCACCGUCCGCAAGGAGUACACGGGCGAGGCUUUCCAGGGACAGGAGCAGAGACUGCAGGCUCAGGCCAAGCAGUACAGUGCUAUCCAACAGGGAAGCAACUACCAACAGAACCGCAACCAGUACCAGCAGAACAGUGGCCAGUACUCCCAGAACUACAAUGAGUACCAACAAAAUCGCCAGUACCAGCAGAACCGUGGCCAGUAUCCACAGAACCGCAACCAGUACCAAGAGAACCGUGGCCAGUACUCACAGAUCUACAAUCAAAACCAACAGAACCGUAACCAGUACCAGUACUCACAAAAUCGCAACCAGAACCUGGAAAAUAGGAGACAAUAUUCUCAGAACCGCAAUCAGUAUCAACAAAACCGCAAUCAGUACUCCCAGUACAACAACGAGUACCAACAGAACCGCUAUCAGAACCAGCAGAACAACGAGUACCAGCUAAACCCUAUUCAGUAUACUCGGAACCUCAACGAGUACCAACAGGACCGCAAUCAAACCAACCGCAACCAGUACCAACAGAACUAUGACCAAAGCCUUUCCAACCGCAACGACGUCAGGUACAACUUCCAGCGUUAUGGAACCAACCGCUUCACUCAGAACCUGAACCGUCCUUCGCCCAGCCUCUACAGCCAGAACCAAAACUACCUUCUGACCCGCUAUAGAUCCGGUUCUCCGAACCAGUACAACAACCGCGUCUACAACCAGUACAGCGCCCAAGUGAACAGGAACCAGCAGAACCAAGGUUACUCUCCCGUCAGCGUGGUUCUCGCUUCCUCAAGGAACUAA